GAAGUGCAGGGGCGGCUGGCAACUGGGUUACUGCUUUGAGAAACCGGCUUGUGAGGAGCGGCGGGAAAGGCGCGUGUCGGCUUCUCACUGGCGCAGCCUCCGCCGCGAUCGCCGCUGUCCCGCCCUGCCUAGGCGACGUUGCAGGCGCCGGAGUGGACGAAGCGCGGCCCGGGCAUGGGCAGCCGGGGGGAUGCGAACCCUGCGGGUGCCGCGGCUGCGCGGCGGGUGACAGGGCUUUGUUACAACAUGGGCCUUCUGACUGCACUGGCUUCACUGUGCCUGUUUUCCUUAGCAGAGGCCAAUUCAAAAGCCAUUACAACCUCUCUUACCACAAAAUGGUUUUCUGCUCCGCUGCUGCUGGAAGCCAGUGAGUUCUUAGCAGAAGACAGUCAAGAGAAAUUUUGGAGUUUUGUAGAAGCCAGUCAAAAUAUUGGAUCAUCAGAUCAUCACGAUACGGACCGUUCCUAUUAUGACGCCAUAUUGGACGCUGCAUUUCAGUUCCUGUCACCUCUGCAGCAAAAUUUGUUGAAAUUUUGUCUCUCUCUUCGUUCCUACUCAGCCACAAUUCAAGCCUUCCAGCAGAUAGCCAGUGACGAGCCUCCGCCGGAAGGCUGCACAUCGUUUUUUUCAGUGCAUGGAAAGCAGACUUGUGAUCUUGAUACUCUGGAGACUCUUGUGCUGUCUGCACCCGACAGACCUAAACCUUUAUUGUUCAAAGGAGAUCACAGAUAUCCCUCAUCAAAUCCUGAAAGUCCAGUGGUCAUUUUUUACGCUGAGAUUGGCCAUGAAGAAUUUUUUAAUAUUCACCACCUACUUACUUCAAAAAGUAACGAAGGCAAAAUUAAUUAUGUAUUCAGACAUUAUAUAUCUUGGCCUUCAGAGCACCUUCCAGCACUGAGAUCUAGCCAGCAGCGAGGAAGCUUACUGAGUCCCAGCAAGGAGCCAGUUCACCUUUCUGGCUACGGUGUGGAGUUGGCAAUCAAGAGCACGGAGUACAAGGCCAAGGAUGAUACUCAGGUGAAAGGGACUGAGGUAAAUACCACCGUCAUUGGUGAAAGUGACCCUAUUGAUGAAGUUCAGGGGUUUCUUUUUGGAAAAUUAAGAGAAUUGUACCCCACCUUGGAAGGACAGUUGAAAGAAUUCCGAAAGCAUCUUGUGGAAAGCACCAAUGAAAUGGCGCCCUUGAAAGUUUGGCAGCUACAAGAUCUCAGUUUCCAGACUGCUGCCCGCAUCUUGGCUGCUCCUGUAGAGUUAGCUUUGGUGGUGAUGAAGGAUAUUAGCCAGAAUUUUCCUACCAAAGCCAGAGCAAUAACAAAAACAGCUGUGAGCGCACAGCUUAGAGCGGAGGUGGAAGAAAACCAGAAGUAUUUCAAAGGAACUAUAGGACUACAGCCCGGAGAUUCAGCUCUCUUCAUCAAUGGACUGCAUAUUGAUUUAGAUACCCAGGAUAUAUUCAGUCUGUUUGAUACACUGAGGAAUGAAGCCCGGGUAAUGGAGGGUUUGCACACACUGGGGAUAGAAGGCCUUUCUCUGCACAAUAUUUUGAAGCUGAACAUCCAGCCCUCUGAGACCGACUAUGCCGUGGACAUCAGGAGUCCUGCUAUCUCCUGGGUCAACAACCUAGAGGUUGACAGCCGAUACAACUCGUGGCCCUCGAGCUUGCAGGAGUUGCUUCGCCCCACCUUUCCUGGCGUGAUACGGCAGAUCAGGAAAAACCUGCACAACAUGGUUUUUAUUGUUGAUCCUGUACAUGAGACCACAUCCGAAUUGGUUAGCAUAGCUGAAAUGUUUCUCAGCAAUCACAUACCACUCAGGAUUGGUUUUAUCUUUGUGGUCAGUGACUCUGAAGAUGUUGAUGGGAUGCAAGAUGCUGGAGUUGCUAUUCUGAGAGCAUAUAAUUAUGUUGUCCAAGAAGUGGAUGCUUAUCAUGCCUUCCAGACUCUCACACAUAUCUAUAACAAGGUGAGGACUGGAGAAAAAGUGAAAGUUGAACAUGUGGUCAGUGUCUUGGAGAAGAAAUACCCAUACGUUGAAGUGAAUAGCAUUCUGGGGAUUGAUUCUGCUUACGAUCAGAACCGGCAGGAAGCAAGAGGCUAUUAUGAGCAGACUGGCGUUGGUCCCCUGCCCGUCGUCUUGUUCAAUGGGAUGCCCCUUGAAAAGGAGCAGUUAGAUCCUGACGAGUUGGAAACCGUUACAAUGCACAAGAUCUUGGAGACCACUAGCUUCUUCCAAAGAGCAGUGUACCUGGGUGAACUGCCACAUGAUCAGGAUGUGGUGGACUAUAUCAUGAAUCAGCCGAAUGUUGUUCCACGAAUCAACUCCAGGAUUUUGACGGCUAAGCGAGAGUAUCUGGAUCUAACUGCAAGCAAUAACUUUUUUGUGGAUGAUUUUGCCAGAUUUUCUUCCUUGGACUCUCGGGACAAGACUGCUGCUAUAGCCAACAGUAUGAACUACCUGACAAAAAAAGGAAUGUCCUCCAAGGAAAUCUAUGAUGAUUCCUUUAUUAGGCCAGUGACUUUUUGGAUUGUUGGGGAUUUUGAUAGCCCUUCUGGGCGGCAGUUACUAUAUGAUGCCAUUAAACAUCAGAAAACCAGUAACAAUGUUAGGAUAAGUAUGAUCAAUAAUCCCAGCCAAGAGAUAAGUUACGCGAACACCCCAGUCUUCAGAGCUAUCUGGGCAGCUCUCCAAACUCAGACCUCCAACUCUGCUAAGAACUUCAUCACCAAAAUGGCCAAAGAGGAGACGGCAGAGGCCCUAGCCACAGGCGUGGACAUCGGGGAAUUCUCUGUUGGGGGCAUGGAUGUCAGUCUUUUUAAAGAGGUCUUUGAGUCUUCCAGAAUGGAUUUCAUUUUGUCUCAUGCCCUGUACUGCAGGGAUGUUCUGAAGCUGAAGAAGGGACAGCGAGUGGUGAUCAGCAAUGGAAGGAUCAUUGGGCCGCUGGAGGACAGUGAGCUCUUUAAUCAAGACGAUUUCCACCUCCUAGAAAAUAUCAUCUUGAAAACGUCGGGACAGAAAAUAAAAUCUCAUAUUCAACAGCUUCGUGUAGAAGAAGACGUGGCAAGUGAUUUGGUGAUGAAGGUGGAUGCGCUCCUGUCAGCGCAGCCUAAAGGAGAGGCGCGGAUCGACUACCAGUUCUUCGAAGACAAACACAGUGCAAUUAAACUGAAGCCCAAUGAAGGGGAGACGUACUAUGACGUGGUAGCUGUUGUUGACCCUGUCACCAGAGAAGCACAGAGGCUUGCCCCCUUGCUCUUGGUUUUGACUCAGCUGAUAAACAUGAAUCUAAGAGUAUUUAUGAAUUGCCAAUCUAAACUUUCGGACAUGCCUUUAAAAAGCUUUUACCGUUAUGUCUUGGAACCAGAGAUUUCUUUCACUGCAGACAACAGCUUUGCUAAGGGACCAAUAGCAAAGUUUCUGGAUAUGCCACAGUCUCCACUCUUUACUUUGAAUCUGAACACACCUGAGAGUUGGAUGGUAGAAUCUGUCAGAACACCAUAUGAUCUUGAUAAUAUUUAUCUAGAAGAGGUGGACAGUGUAGUGGCUGCUGAGUAUGAGCUGGAGUACCUGUUACUAGAAGGACAUUGUUACGACAUCACCACAGGCCAGCCGCCUCGAGGACUACAGUUCACCUUAGGAACUUCAGCCAACCCAACUAUUGUGGACACAAUUGUGAUGGCCAAUCUGGGAUAUUUUCAGCUCAAAGCCAACCCUGGAGCCUGGAUUCUGAGACUAAGGAAGGGGCGCUCUGAUGAUAUUUAUAGAAUCUACAGCCAUGAUGGCACAGAUUCUCCCCCUGAUGCCAAUGAUGUCGUUGUCAUUCUCAAUAACUUCAAAAGCAAGAUCAUCAAGGUGAAGGUUCAGAAGAAGGCAGACAUGGUUAAUGAAGACCUGUUGAGUGAUGGAACAAAUGAAAACGAAUCUGGAUUUUGGGACUCAUUCAAAUGGGGCUUUUCAGGACAGAAGACUGAGGAAGUGAAGCAAGAUAAAGAUGACAUAAUCAAUAUUUUCUCUGUUGCAUCUGGUCAUCUCUAUGAAAGAUUUCUUCGCAUAAUGAUGCUUUCAGUGCUGAAGAAUACCAAAACUCCUGUGAAAUUCUGGUUCUUGAAGAAUUAUUUGUCCCCCACAUUUAAGGAGUUUAUACCUUACAUGGCCCAAAAAUACAAUUUCCAGUAUGAGCUUGUUCAGUACAAAUGGCCCCGCUGGCUCCAUCAGCAGACAGAGAAGCAGCGCAUCAUCUGGGGCUACAAGAUCCUUUUCCUGGACGUGCUGUUCCCGCUGGUUGUUGACAAGUUUCUGUUUGUGGAUGCGGAUCAGAUUGUGCGGACAGAUCUGAAGGAGUUAAGGGAUUUCAAUUUGGAUGGUGCCCCUUAUGGUUACACUCCUUUCUGCGAUAGCAGAAGAGAAAUGGAUGGCUACCGGUUCUGGAAGUCGGGGUACUGGGCCAGUCACUUGGCUGGAAGGAAGUAUCAUAUCAGCGCACUGUACGUCGUGGAUCUGAAGAAGUUUAGGAAAAUAGCUGCUGGUGACAGACUCAGGGGACAGUACCAAGGGCUGAGUCAGGAUCCCAACAGUCUUUCAAAUCUUGACCAAGAUUUGCCCAAUAACAUGAUCCAUCAAGUGCCAAUCAAAUCUCUCCCUCAAGAAUGGCUGUGGUGUGAAACCUGGUGUGAUGAUGCUUCUAAGAAGAGAGCCAAGACCAUCGACUUGUGUAAUAAUCCCAUGACUAAGGAGCCCAAACUGGAGGCUGCUGUGCGCAUCGUCCCAGAGUGGCAAGACUACGACCAGGAGAUCAAGCAGCUGCAGAUCCUCUUCCAAGAGGAGAAGGAGACGGGGGCCCUGCGCCAGGAGAAGACACAGGGAGGAUCUCAGAAACAUGAAGAAUUGUGAUCUCUGGAGGAGGAUAGGAAACCCACCAUGUGACAGUUUUGUACUAAAUGCUGUUUUUCUCUGAUCUGUCGACACAACUGCUGAUGAGCUGAUUGAGCAGGUGAUCUGAGCGUUGGAUUUAGACUACUGCACCCGAGCGGUGCUGCGUCUUUGCGGCUAAGGCUCUGUCGGAUUUGUACCUCAGAGGAAGACAAAGUGGCUUAUCUCCUGGGACUCUCUUCUCACCAGAGGGAGAAAUGGUGGCAGCAACUGAAAGAAGCUGAGUUCUCUGGUGCUCACAUCCAUGAGCACACGUUGCUACGCUGGCCCAGAAGCUGGCCAGAAAGGCCACCGUGUUCUUCCUUACCUCAAUCUACCUGCAGCCCGUGCUGCGCCGCAGAUGCCCACCUGUUCCAGGGCAGGCCGGCAGAUGCUUCAUCCAAGAUCCACGCCUCAAGGUCUAUGCCAACAUGCUUCUUACAUCUCGUGCCCCACGUACUCGUCCCAAGCUUUAGGCUCAUUGUUUCAUUGAGCCCAGCCCGUAAUCAUGUGUCUUCAGGGUUGGCUCAGCGAGAUUGCUAAGCAAAUAAGUCUUCAGGAGAACUGGGGUGGUUUGGAUGAGGGCUGGAAAAAAGCAGGCAGAGGGGAGCUUUGGGGUGUUCAAGGGAAGAAGACAAAAAAUUGGCCAUUCUUUUUCAGUCCACUGUGGCUGAAUUCAAAGGAAGCUUUAUUCUGUUCCCAGUGAACUUUCUAGGUAAUUGUUUUGUAAACAAUUUUUAUAUUUAUAAAAAUGUUUGCUGUCUCUUCCUACUUUCUAAAAAACUGUCGGUUACCAGUUUCUGGCUGGGCACAGGCGUACUGAGUCCCUCAGUGACCCGUGUCAGUGUGCUCAGCCUCCAUGUGGAUGGUCCCUGUACUGUCUCCCCUUCCCUUGUAGAGCUUCUCUGGGACCCAGGUGCCUGUCCUUGCUCUUUUCCUUCCCAGAUGCUUUCAGGCCUGUGACAGGAAUGACUCCAUCUCUAGAACUCAGUUGCCUCUAUUCUGUCAUUUUCCCUUUUGUUUGGGCUCUGUGGGUUGCCUUUGGCUUUCGAGAUUUCCCCAGGCCCAGCCUCGGUACCUGCUCCCAUGUGAAGGGGCCCCCUUUUUUGCCUUGUGUAUGUUCACGGCCACAGGCCAGCAUCGCCUUGUCAGGGGCAGCCUGGCGGUGAAACCUGGGACAGGUGUUGGUAUGUGCUGUCAUCUCUGUGCAGGAGUCAGGAUCUGCAGCAGAGAGUUACAGAGCGCUGCUGGGCGCUGGCCUGACAUCCGGCUCACGGGGCUGUACUUCCUUCUUUAACCUGAUUUUAAAAAUAAGGGGGCUAGAGUGUGGCUUGGUGGCAGACAGGGCUUGUCUGGCAAGCCCGAGGCCCUGUGCUCUAUCCCGGCCCUGCACUCCCUCUCCUCCCAGAUACAGUGAAUAUGAGGAGUACACAAGGAUAACUAAGUCCUUGCUCAUCUAAGCUAGGUAAUCAGUGUGUUUCCAAGGAAGGAGGAUCUGCAGUAGCCAUAGUUAGGGGUAUGAAUUGGCAGUUGUUAGGUAACAAGUAGUGAGAGACAUCGACACAUCGAUUGGGAACUCGCAGAACCAGCACAGAGCCCUGAACUUGGUCAGCUGGCAUUCCCUGCUGAGAGUCCUGAGCAGAGCAGCUGGCCCCUCAGGUGAGGCUUCCGAAUAUUACAAAUAGCAACACUAAAAACGCCAUCAUCAGAUUCGGUGCUCAAAACAGCCAGCAGAAACCGGCUGGAAAAGCUAAUGCAGUCAGCUGGAGUUUUUCCAGGCUGAACUUGCAGUAAGCAUCCCUUCCCCACGACAGGCACUUUUGUGGUGAUGAUGAGCAGGAGAGGAGGCCUCUGCCCUUGGCAAGGGGUCUGGGAACAAAUUACUUCCCAGCUGUGUUCAAGGAUAUCGCAUUUGACUCUUGGACUGUGGAACUAGUUUUGUCAUUUUGCCGUGGGGUGGGGGAAGGGGACGCACAUCCCCAGACAGAGGGCCUCGGAGGACACUUGAUAAACGUGUUCUAACCUAGCUUCUUAGCUUAACUAGCUCAUGACAUUUAUUGACACGAUGUACAUUACAACAUGAAUUUUAAAAGUAAAAUUUACCACACAUAUAUCAAGUAAUUAAUCCCCCCUAUUUUAAAUCCAAAGGUAGCUUUGGAGCAGCCUUUGUCCGGGCUUCAUGUGCACUUUGGACUAAGCCUUCAGGGAUCCCACUGCUGCUGUCCUCAUCUGUAGUCAGAAAUAGUUCUCUGAUCCGGAGUGUGGCGCGGGAAAUCGCCUACUAGGAUGUGGCCACUUCCUUUUCUUUAUCAAGUCACUUGUGUAUCCUCAGUGGGAAAGGAAGGUGCAGGGUGGGUCCUCCGUGGUCCUCAAGUCCCUCAUGUGUCAUAUUAGCAGUUAUGCUGGGUAGGGCAGACCCAGCUUGCUCCAAAAGCCGCCCUGGCCCUUCCUUUGCCAGUUCUUUCUGCGUCCUGUGGCUCAGUCAUCUCUACAAAUGCCCCCGAUGUGAUGCUACCAUUCAGUGUCCCUGUUCAUUUUAUCUGCCAUCUCCAUUAUGAAAAAGCAUACUGUGACUGAAAUAUUUUCCAAGGAGCAGAGUUAGCCGAUCACAUGGAUUGUUGAGGCUUCUGGAAAGUUCACUCUUACUGUUAGCAUGUGUAUAAAUAAUGGUUUUUUUUGACCUCGUCAUAUAGUGGUAGAAAGUUUCCUUUCUAAAUCAGUAGGGUAGUGUGAACUGUGACAUGUCGGAAUUACAUGCACCAGUGUGAGUCAGAGUCUACGCUCUGUGGAAAGCCACACUUGGCUGGCCUGGGCUGUCAGGGCACAGCCCGGCGUCCUGGUUUAGUCAGCAGUGUCCUGGAUGCACCCGUGCUCAGAGUGCUAUGUUUGGUUUAUAGAACAGUUGACAGCGUUGCUCUGCAGAAGCUGCGUUUCUGACUGAACACGGCAGUGGGGCACACACUUCUGGGCCUGUCCUCUCAGAAGCAGGCUCCGUAGCAGAGCUGGAUCCUUGAAACUGUGUUCUGAACCUACUUAAGACUCUGCCUGAGGUGUGGUGCCUGGUUUUAGGCUGAGUCCCUGAGUGAUGAGCUGAGAGCCCGGGGACAGAGAAGGAAGAAAGAAAGAAGCAGGAUGCAUAUUUGACUGACAUAUUUAGAAUUGGUCAGACAGCUCUCACAUGGCCAUGAGUACAAAGUUGCUCCUCUUGUCCCCAUCACCUCCAUGACGAAAUCUUUUUCUAGAAUUGCUCUUAGUUAGACCUGCAUGGUUAAGAGAAAUGAUUCACCCAAGGCGUUGGGAGGGAGCUCUAGUGCACUUUUCUGGAUAGAUUUCAUGGAAAGCUGUCUAAUGGCAAACACCCUGGUACACGGCUUCCAGGCCUCUGUCUACUCAGUGAGUUGGUGAGCGCUCGGCUUGGUGAGGAUAUUGUGCCAUGACCAGAGUCGGAUGGCUCUCCAUGCUUCUUGUUUAGUGAGUAGCAGUUUUUGUUGAAGUUCAUGAAUCCUGUUUUCUCUGCCUUAAGGUAAUGAGGAAAGUCUUACGAGGACUUCCCCAAUGCUGGAUCGAGUUCAAGCACAUUAAAAAUUGUCAACUCAGGAAGUUACUGAGAUUUCCAAGUGUCUGGAAGGUUCUCACCUCUCAUUCGUUGCUGGCGUCUUGUCUCUCUGUGUAAUAACAGAAAGCACUUCUGUGUCACCUAGCAGUGGUGAGUGGGUGACUCAGGCAGAGGCUCGUUCUCAUGGUAUCAUUGCACACUGACAGUUCAUAGCAGCGAGUGACAGUCAGCGCCAAGCUCAGGCUACUGGGAAGUCCAUGAAUCUGGGGACGGAGAGCAGGGGUGCUCUCCUGAGCCCGGGGUCCCUAGCGUCAUGGAGGGCCUGCGGCCAUGUGGGCAGGGCUUGGGGCCAUGGUCUUCUCCUGCCUGUGCUUUCUGCACUGCCUUAUUGUUCCCACUGAGCUCAGCAGAGCAAUGGGCACCAUUCCCUUAGCCAGAUGCAAACCGAACUAACCUAAGGUUGGCAGUUUGGAACAAAAGACUGCCAAGCACUCUGUUUUCCAACCAGAGAAGGGAAAACGGGGACAAAGCUUAGGGUUUUUAAAGAAACUGUCCAUUCAAAUCAGCACCUCACUCGGUGGUGAGGUGAAUGUCUGUGAAUGUCUUAGUCCAAAGGAACGCUGGUUUUAUCAGGAGAGUACGCUCUGUUGAACCCAAUAAACUUCCUCCUCUCUUCUCUCCA